GCUGGAGCUGACACCGCCCUCCUCGCUGCCAAGAGUUAAUCUUACGCAAAUCAUCAUUCUCCAGAGCUGAGAGUUUGGCGCUAAUCGGGCUAACGAAGGAAUGUGACUGGAACCUGAGAAGGCUGAGAACAUUAUUACGAGAAAUCCAACGGUGCUUGUUGCAAUGGCGCGCGAGUGACCGAUGUUACGGCAUCUGUGUUUUUACUGUGCAUUUUGUUUUAAAGCGGCGCUAGCAAGAUGGUUCGAUUCACGCCAUGGGGAGGCUUAAUGAUAGCUGUCAUGUUUAUUCACAAAGCCUUCGCUCGAGAUAUCAUGGAAUCCAUGAAUUUUUCAGUCGAUGAAGAUCCAGAUACUAGUGAUACACGUGAGCAAAAAGAAGCAACGUACAAUAGAUAUUUAUAUGUUGAUUAUGAGAAGCUGAAGGAAAAUGGCGCAAGGCUUCGAAAUGAUCACCAAACCCUAAACUCUACCUUCGCUACCCUUAAAGAAUAUCUAGAAAUAGUGAGAAAUACGAGAAAAGGAAUAAUCGCCGACGAAACCGAUCACAACGAUUUAAGGAAACUCUCUGAGCUGAUGUCUGAGGCCAACCUUCAUCUCUUUNUACAGAACUGGGCUAAAGAACAGGACAUCGGCGGCCGCACGCUUGACCAGUGUGGGGGCAGCUCAGCACUAGGAAUCUUCAACUUCCUGACGUUCAUCGUGUACGCCUUCUCGCUCCUGGCGUCGCUGGUGGCGGUGGCAACGGGGAACAUGGCCAACACCCUCUCUGGGACCUUCCUCGCGGGACUCCUCAACCUCCUGGGGAACGGGGGGGGAGGGAGGUCCAUCCGGAGCGUCUGGAAGGGUGGGAAGUCCGGGGACCCUUAUAUGAAGGAGCUGCACCGGGCCCUGGAGCAUGAUCUGGGCUCGGGACUCGUCGCCGCCCUCCUGCACCUGUCGGGCGGGCGGGAGGGCGCCAGCCCCUGCCUGCCUCCGAUCUCUAACUUGGCUUCGGUGUCCACAAGGGAAGCUCUGGCGAGAAUCAGCGGCGUUCAGUGAAAUAGAUUCAGUAGAGCAAAGGUACUGAUUAAUGAAAAUAAUUGAAAACUAAUCUUUCUAAACUUUGUAAAAUGUUAAUGUAAAUAAUAAAAGUAUAAAUUGUUC